AUGUUCAACCUCCCUUCCCUUCCUCACCCCAUCAAAUCCUGGAAGUUCGACGAGUGGUCGUAUGGAAAGGAGAACAAGCCGCUCCCUACGAAUGCCAGAGGACUGUUCUCGACGAAGGAUGUUGUGAAUGGGAAGGAAGUCAUUGUGGCAAGGGGUUAUGACAAGUUUUUCAAUGUAGGGGAGGUUAAAAGGACACAGUGGAACUGGCUGGAAUCGAACACCAAGGGUCCUUACACCCUCACUCUCAAGGAGAACGGAUGUAUCAUCUUCAUGUCGGCGUUACCUCCCACCACACGUGACGGAAAGCCCACAAUUCUUGUGACUUCCAAACACUCCCUCGGAACCCGUGAAGAGAUCAACAUCUCGCAUGCACAGAAGGGCGAAGAAUGGCUUGAGAGGCACCUGAAGAGUGUCGGGAAGACCAAGGAGCAGUUUGCUGUGGAGUUGAGGAGGUUGAAUGCCACGGCCGUCGCAGAGUUAUGUGACGACUCCUUCGAAGAACACAUCUUGGCAUACCCACCUGAGCGCUCCGGACUCUACCUCCACGGUCUCAACCUCAACACCCCAAUCUUCGCAACCUGGAGUAUGGAAGAUGUCGCAACCUUCGCUCAAACCUGGGGCAUGAAAAAGGUCGAAUACCUCCGCAAACCCGACGUCACCUCCCUCCGCACCUUCCUCGAAGAAGCCGCCGAGACUGGUUCUUGGAACGGGAUUGACGUGGAAGGAUUCGUUGUCCGCUGCAAAGCUCGCGAAUCGGAUCAGGUGGAGUACUGGGAAGACUUUUUCUUCAAGUACAAGUUCGACGAGCCGUACUUGAUGUACAGGCAGUGGAGGGAGGUUACGAAGGCGAUCAUUGCGGGGAGGGAGCCGAAGUAUAACAAGCACAAGGCGAUUACUGCGCGGUACAUCUCCUGGACGAAGGACUACCUGAAGAAGAACCCGAAGGUCGCAGAGGAUUACAAGAACAACCAUGGGAUUAUUGCGAUGCGGGAUGCGUUUAUUGCGGCACAGGGGAUGAGUGGAGCAGAGAUGGCGAACGCUAUGCGUGAUGCGGUUGAGGAGAAGAGUGCUGGAGAGAGAAAGGGCCCAUUGGUGUUGGUCCCUGUUUCGUCGAUUGGGAGUGGGAAAACUACGAUUGGGUUGUGUUUGGGGAAAUUGUUUGGAUGGGGACAUGCGCAGAACGAUAACAAUAACCGCCGGAAGGGUCGUGCGAUGGCAUUUGCGCAGAUGAUUGUGGAUGAGGCGAAGGUGAAGAAGGUGGUGUUUGCGGAUAGGAAUAAUUCGGCGCGUGUUGAUCGGAAGCAGUUGGUUGGGGAUAUUUUGAGUUUGAUGCCGGAUGCGAGGUUCGUUGCGUUGCAGUACGUGCACGAGUUCGAGGGGAUGAGUGUUCAGGAGUCGCACAAGAAGAUUUUGGAUGUGACAGCGGCGAGGGUCUUUGCUCGUGGCGACAAUCAUCAGGCGAUCCAAGCUGCAUCUGACAGUCGCGAAAAUGUCAUGAAUAUUAUGAAGGAGUUCCUCCAUCGAUUCGAGAGUGUGGACAUGGGUUGUCAGGAAGGUGAUGAUGAGUUUGAGGCAUUGGUUGAUUUGGACGUGGCCGCCGAUACGAAGACGAACUUGAAGAAGGUUAUCCAGGACCUCAUGGAGUAUGAUUUGACUAUCAUCCCUCGCAUGCCGGAUGGGAAGGAGAUGGAUGCGGCGAUUAAGUGGGCGUUGGAGGAGUACUCACCCACCAACAAGAAGAUUGUCAAAGCGCCCAAGCCGAAACCGGUCAAGUACUAUGGCGCAUUCAUCAAGGACGACAUCCCUCGCAUCAUCGAAAACGUCAUUGAGGCACAACCCGAGAGUGUGCGUCACUUCUGGGAACACAUGAAGAAGAACAAGCGAGUCCAGGACGCAUUCCACAUCACCCUCAUCCACACCAACUCCUCCAAAACCCACUCCAACAUGUGGAAAUGGUACACCGAAGCCGCCGCCAGAUCCUCCAACGGAAUCAUCAAAACUGUUGACGUUCACCUCGACACUUUGGUUUGGAAUGAGCGUGUUAUGGCUAUUAUUGUGAGGAUUCAUCAAGAUGCGGGGUUGGAGUAUGUUAAUAAGGUUUUGCAUGUCACGAUUGGGACAGCGGAGGAGAAGAUUAGGCCGGUGGAGGCAAACAUGCUGUUGGAGGAGAGGGUGUGUGGACAUAGGACGGAGGCGAUGCAGGAGAUUGAUUUGAAGCCCAUGAAUAUGAAGGUGAGGGCGGAGGUUAAAGGAGCGAGUUUCUGA